AGUACAGGGUCUUUUCUGUCAGAGAUCACUAAGUAUUUCUCUCUUCCUUAAGCAUUAAGGAAGAAACAUGAACACAACAAGUGGUGAUUUAGCCAACCCCACGACCUGGCAAGAUAUCGGAGGUGAUUUUUCCAACUGUACCGAUGCAGAAGUCAGUCUGAAGACUUUGUACCUCCCUGUUAUGUACAGUCUCAUUUUUCUGGUGGGCUUCCCAGGAAAUGUUAUUGCAAUCUGUGUUUACAGCUUCAAGAUGAGGCCUUGGAAGAGCAGCACCAUCAUCAUGCUGAACCUGGCACUCACAGACCUGCUCUACCUCACCAGUCUUCCCUUCCUGAUACACUACUAUGCCAAUGGGGAGCACUGGAUCUUUGGGGGAUUCUUGUGCAAGUUCAUUCGCUUUGGCUUCCACUUCAACUUGUACAGCAGCAUCCUCUUCCUCACUUGCUUCAGUGCCUUCCGCUACAUGGUGAUUGUCCACCCUAUGAAAUUUUUCCAUGUCCGAAGGAAGCGGUGGACAGCAGUGGCCUGUGCAGUCAUUUGGGUGAUCUCCCUGGCGGCUGUCACUCCCAUCAAUUUCUUGAUUUCCUCAAGAGAGGAGCAAAACAGAUCCUUAUGCCUUGACUUCACCAGCUCUGAAAACCUGGGUGCAAUCAGGUGGUAUAACUGGCUGCUCACCAGCCUGGCCUUCUUCUUGCCCCUCGUGACAGUGACUCUGUGCUAUGCACUUAUUAUUUCUGCCUUGGCCACUGGGCCCCAGACACGGGCUAGCCACAAACAGAAGGCUCGCAGACUUGCCAUCAUCCUCUUGGUGGUCUUCUAUAUGUCCUUCCUCCCCUUCCAUCUUUUUCGGGUAGCUCGGGUUGAACUGCAGUUGUGCCCCGUCAGCUGUCAUGUUGAGAAGCAGAUUCAUGCCAUCUAUAUCAUCUCUCGACCUCUGGCUGCACUCAACACCUGGGGUAACCUUCUGCUGUAUGUCGUGAUGGGAGAUAACUUCCAGCAGGCCAUCCUCUCACUCUCAUGGUGCAAGAGGAGCAAAUGCAUCCAGCCACGUGGGAGCAGUAAUUAUGUGAACAAGUCAGAAAUCACCUUAAGAGUAUAGAAGAAUUCAUUGAAGAAAAUUCCAGCAAACCUGGGAUUGCUUUCUUGCCACAUAGGCGGGCGUAUGGAUAUGACAGUGAGAACUGCUGCUGGAUUCUCACUCUCUGUAGUACAAUGCUUGUCCAAGAAGUUGUCUCAGGAGCAAGCUUAUACAUACAUACCUCUGUUAGCAACUAAAAAAUAAAAUAAAAUAAAAUAAAGGA